CAUUUAAACAUGUUUCGUCCCGUAUCGUCUCUUUCUUUCUCUACACAAAUCCAAAACAAUUUCAAGCGCCCCACUCACAUUCCUGUCCGUAUUCCUACACUGUGUAAGAAAGUGAGAAGGUUAUGAUUAGCCGCAUGCCGAAUGACGUAUUUUACAUUUCAUAGUUUCAUCAACCGAGAAAAUUUCGGAAGGGAAGGGAAGCGGCGUGACGAGUCCACGUACCGGUGUAACUGUUCAUUCACAACAACUCUCUCACGCGCGCGCAUCACUCUGGAGUGAGUUUCAUAAACAGCCCGGAUCUCCUCUUCCCGUCAGCAGCGAGGAGGCGGGGUGCUGGAGCUGAAGUGGGUGAAGGUCCACAGUGGAGUCGGGCAUGUCCAAACAUAUCUGGGCAGACCAGCCAGCCAACCUCCACGCACGGUGAGCUGACACUACGUAUAGGCUGAACAGAAGGUUGUUAUUAUCCGCACAGUCAGGCUAGUGAGUGUGACGCCGCUAUGUUUUUGUAAGGAGCUUUAAUAAACUGAAGUGAAUGGAUUCAUCUGCGAAAGACUAGACACUGUGAGUCUCUUCGUGCGGUUUAGGUCAUGUCCUUCCCGGUGAAAGUGAUAAGAGAUGGGCUGCUGGAGAAGCGCAGCAGCGGGCUUCUCCAGCUGUGGAAGAAGAAGCGCUGCGUGCUCACGGAGGAAGGGCUCCGCCUGCUCAGCUACAAAGGCAGAGGCAGUGAUGCUCCGGGGUCGGCGUGGAGCUCCAGAGCUAAGGAGCUGCGCUUUGAACGCAUGGAAACGGUGGAGUGCGUGGAGUACAAGCGAGAGAUGGUCUACUUCACAGUGGUCAUGGCUAAAGGGAAGGAAAUAGACUUUCGGUGCGCGCAGGAAGGCACUCUGUGGAACGCGGAGAUCGCCUUGGCGCUGGUCCGAUACAAGAACCAGCAGGCCCUGCGGACCGGGAGGACCCGGCACCUGUACACGGCGCCCUUAGGCAGCACCGGGGAGGAUGAAGUGCUCUGACUGGACGCAAAAGUUCUGCUGCCAACAACCUAAAAACCAGCAAACACUGAUGCAUCCAACAGUUUAUUCAAAUGCAAACACUCAGACACUUGGGAGUAAGGUAACACAUAUCUGACAGUCUUUCACCAAGUUCCUGACAUGGUUAUGUAAGUGCACCACUCGAGUGUUUAGAUGCUCUAGUCACUCCCAGUCACAGAUCUCAAUGUUUUUUUUAUUUUUUACUAUGGUCAUCGGUCUUCUGAGGACAUAAACCACUCUGACUCGAGGACAUAAUUACGAUGCAAUGCAAGACUCCAGAAUAACAUCUGCUUGCCUCUCCCUCAGCAGGCAGUGGGGUAUUUUUAAACAUACACACUGAGACACACAUUCACACAAUUUCUUUUAUCCUUAUGAAGAAAAAUGUAGGCAAAACAAUGUGCUGUUUUUUUUUUUGUUUCUUUUAGUUUUCAACAUUUAUGUCGCAUUCUAGUUAUAUACUGAAACCAGUGCCUGAAACCUCAAGUGAACUGAGAGUCUGAAAGUCUGAACUAUGAGCUCACAGAUCAGGAAUCCACAGCAACGCUUCCUUAAGAGAGCUUGCCGGAGCCAAGCGCCCAAAUUAACCGUGUAGCUGUGGUAACAGUGUAAAAUAAACUCCCUUCCUCCUCAAUUUGGGACUAAUAGAAGGUGAGGAGGGAUUCCCACAUCUUCUGUUUUGUUUCUUUUCUGCAUCCUGGGAUGUGAGGAAAACCCAAUAGUGACGAUGGAUAACAGGACCAGGAACACGUACAACUAUUUGAAGUUUUUACUGUGAUGGUAAUUUUUGUUUGUCAUAAAUGAACCAUUCAGAGACUUCUGGAAGAUUUAAAAACAUUAGAAACUGUUGAACUUGAAAAUAGUUUACCCUUUGUGCCUUCUUGAAUCUACUUAAUACUACUUAAAGCGUCACUUUAAAGGAUUUUGACACUAGAGUAGAAGAAUAUAUAUAUUUUUUUGUACAGACUUAACUCAUUCAUGAAGUUUAACACGAAGAAUUUUUUUCCCCCUGAAUCCUUUGGAUGAUUUUCUUAAGUGUGUUUGCUGAUCUGAUACACAGUGUUACAAAUAUGUAAAUAAAUUCCUUCUUAAGCA